CAGUGCUGAUGUCGCUGUUCUGUAAAUGCCGAUGCUGAGAACGGGCGCGCAGAAACAGCCGGCUGAAGGCGGUCGCGUAUGCCACACACUCACACACACGCAUGCACGCAGAGACACAUACACACACAUACAGAUACACAUGCGCGCAGGGAGAGAAAGAAGGGGCCUUGCAGUGUGGAUUCGGUUUGCGAUCUGCUUCGCGACAGCAAUUCGCUCACUGAUGGCAUAGAUGAACGGACAGACGGUGUAGACGACGAGACGAAACAACGUGACAAAGGCACGGAUCUGUAGAAAGGCUGGCUAUACCAGUAAGGUGGGUGCUGUGUGGAGUUAAAAAAAACUGUGUUCGAUUAUUGACUAGCUCACUGGCCGUUGUUGCUUUUUCGGAAACUCACAAGGACUAGUGUUGGCUGUCAUCGCCGCAACAAUCGGACAGAUGUUAAGCGAAAAUCGUACGUAACGACGGUAGCGGCAACAACGGCCGACAGACCAGAGCAUAGUCGUUGACUGGCCGAGGUGGCCACACGGAAGGAAUGACUUUUGGAUGAAUUGUUACGCGCUGGAACUUGUUAAGCCGGGAAACGAUUGUGGAACAGGCAAAGGAGAUCAAAAUUAACUUGUUGAAACUUACGGUUAAGCAAACAUUUUCGAUCAAGCAAAUUUUAGUUGUUUCGAAAUCGACUUAGAGUAACAGACCGAAGUCUGUGAGCGAAGGGGAACGGCUCUAUACGAAGUGUGCACAUGUUUGUUAAUGGUGUAUGGUGUUUUUUUUUUCGCUCUUGUCGAUCUCUGACUCGUUGCGACGCCAGUGUUCUAGUGUGUAUCAACGUGUAUAUAUGUUUUGUAUCGGCAACGGGAAGGAACGUAUCUGUUUGACGUGCACGCUAGAAGAACAACCAGUCCAUUCUGUAGUUUGAAUGAAGCUUAGCGAACCGUGAGAUCGAGUAGCGCGUAGUGAACUCAAACUUUGUGCCGAGGAGGGCCAAUCGCAACAAACAGUACUGGUACUCUAGAGGAACAAGCUAGUUCAACGCUCUUGCACGUAUGUUCACGUGCACGAACGAAAAACACCAGUCCAAAGUACGAUACGAGCAAGCAAAUAACGAGUUUUUAAGGCUACGUAUCUCGUGACUAAAACAGCAGGUGCGGCAAUAGAAGUACCAAGGCGGACAUUAAUUGGUUAACACGAACGCAGGGUCAACACAAUCGUUUGCUACUUCGUCGUCGUCGUUAUUGUUGUUGUUACUAGAAGAAAAGGUCAAUAACAGGAUGACUUCGUUCACCACAACGACGGACGAGGGAGAACAUGUCAAACGGCCAAUGAACGCGUUCAUGGUCUGGUCACGAGGACAGCGGCGAAAAAUGGCACAGCAAAACCCAAAAAUGCACAAUUCCGAAAUCUCCAAACGGCUCGGGAGUGAGUGGCGUGCUUUAUCUGAAGCGGAAAAGCGGCCUUUUAUCGACGAGGCCAAGCGACUGCGGUCCAUUCACAUGGUUCAGCACCCGGAUUACAAAUACCGGCCUCGUCGACGGCCGAAGCCCAAUCAUCAGGGUGGCGGAAACGUCAACGGCCAGCAGCAGCAACAGCAGCAGCAGCAGCAGCAGCAGCAGCAGCCGCAGCAGCAACAGCAGCAGCAACAGGGAAGUCUGUCUGUACAAAACAAUGCGACUAAUUCGCAGGCCGUACCGAGCAGCGCUGCAGCAAAUAUGCCCCCGCUAUCGAGAUCUGCAGCAGCGGCAGGUGGUUUCAACGUAAAACAGAUUCACGGAUUAGGUGUCAACGGCUUAUCGUCCCAUCCAUUACUCAUGGAUAUGGGUUUAGCGAAAAGUGCGUUCGGAGCGUACCCCGUUGAUGCUGCAGCUGCUCAGCAGGCUGCCGCCAAUCAAGCCGUGACGCAAGCGGCAAACCACCAGGCUGCCCUCAUCGACACCUCAUCGAUCGGCAGCGAGACGGCGGUCAACUUAGCCACUUCACCGGGUAAAAGCAAGGGAGAAAUUCUCAGGCCGUGGUUGACUGCCGAUGACGCCGUGAAGAUACGCGUCAGUGCCGCGGCAGGCGCCGGUGUGGGGCAAACGAUGACUCCGCUUGAUUUUGCAAAAAUGCCCUUAAUGGUUCCGCCCUUUGGGGGCCUACCUCUUCGAGACGUGCCGCUUGGCUCGCUGCCGGGCGCACUAUCAAACGAAAUGCUUAUGCGAGGCUUCUCUUCCGCGUUACUGCCGAAUUCCGUGAACGUUAAAUUCGUCCAAGAGCCUCACUCACCUCGACCUCAAAGUCCUUCAUCGCUGCCACAAAGUCCGUCCAGCAGUCCGACGCAUGUGUCUUCACCGUGUAGCCCACCCUGUCCCACAUCACCCGCCCAGCCUUAUGCGUCCGAUGUAAACACGUUCACGGCCCUCUUGGGCGGAGCUUUCCAAUCUCAAAGCCUUUUCGCUGCAUACGCUGCCUCGCAGUACAUGCCGCAGGCAAGCGAUAAGCUGUAGGAAAUUGGCGCCGCGGUCACCGGAGCUCGGGAUCGCCGUCACCACCGAUGUCAUCUGUAAAUCUCCGCCAUAAUGAAGAACGGGCGGCUCGGCCUCCUGCUUUAAUUAUUCAUAUUGUGUUUAUUAUGGUAGCAAUCCAAACGAUGAUGAUGAUGAUGAUGGCUAUUAAUAUAAUUCUAAUGAUUAUCAAGACUACUACGACGGAAACGGAAUUACCUAUCAUCGACUUUUCACCAAUCACAGUACCCCCUUCCCCCGCCCCUGGGACACGGAUCGUCGCUCGACGCACCUUCCUCCUCUAGACAGACCUCGGAGAUCGCUGAUGUGCUCUGGGGGCCUUGGACUAGGCUGUGCUAACAGCAAACAAGAUAAGAUUGAAAACCACAAAAGCUCCGGAAGCUCUUUACCCUGUAGAUAGGACAAAGAAACAAAUAAAACGAAUAUAAGGAAGAGAAAAGCUCGAUGUUCAAUCAAGCGAUCGAUGGCAGACCAAUGAUGAGAAAGGCGAGAUAAACGAGUAGAUCGAAAGAUGGCAAACGCUGACUUUGUGCAAUGCUCGAGUGUGUUCAGUAGGAUUGUGUUUAACUGCUUCGACUGCAUACGAGAUAAUGUUAUUUGUAAAUAGCCAAAUAAUGAUGACAGUAAUACUAUAAACGCAAAAAAGAAAUAACAAACGACAAACGGAGAUGACGUGAUGGCAGCAGCAGCAAUUAUAAUGUGUUUCAAUAACCUGUGUGUAAUGUAAAAGAUGGCUCUGAUGCAUCUACCAUAAAAGUCAGCUGUGCGGGUUACACCAGGCGGGUCUGCGCAUAAUAGUCUCGCAUAAUGAAACAGCUGAUUCGAUCAGUGAUCAGACGUGGUCAGACGCGAGGUGGGAAAAAAUCUAACAGGAAAUUGAUGACACAGAAAUAUACACAUGUAUAUUUAAGUCAAACUAUAAUGGAGUAUUUUUUUCAUCUUAACUUUGUUAGGAAAUCAAAAGUGAACGUCGGCGCCUCCGGAAGAAUGCUAGAAAGAAAAAACCCUAAGAGGGGAAACUAAAAAUAAUUAAUGAUAUGUAAUCAACGUUUUCAUAUUUAACAAUUCGCCUUCUAAGGAAAAAAGAGGUACAGGUAUUUAAUAAAGCGCUUCUCGGAAAUCGGUGAACGCCUCUCUAUAGUCAGCUGAGAACUGGGGUGUUGAAAGUCGAGUCUGUGACAAACGUUUAUCGAAUACCCGUGACGGUUAUGUCGAAUUUGCAAUCGAUCUCUAUAGAACAGCGAUCACUGGCCGACGAACCCACGAAAAUGAUAAUAGCUUUCUGAGAACGGCUUCGGCCUUCGCAAAACGUAUACGGUCGGCCACGUCUUCAAAUCAAUGCAAUCGAUUAUGCAUUAAACAUAACCUAAUUAGCGGAACGGCGCAAAGGAACUGAUAUUUACUCUCAUAGUCCUCAGGCUAUCGUACUCACUAGAGGCCUUAACCUUGAACACCUUCUAGCUGGCUCUAUGCACUGAAAUUUAAUAGUGACGCUGCGAAGGACCACGGCCACCUUCAAUCAUAGUAUCGAUAUCAUCAGUGAAACAGUUAAAUGAUCAGACCCGAUUGAAAGAAUAAAGCUGCUUCAAAUAUACGAGGAAAAUAUACACUGAAUUUCUUGUCUUUAUUA